AUGCUGUUUCCGGAGGAGGACGUCGGUUUGGUGAAGCAAUGGCUGAUCACGGAGCUGGAACCAAUGUACGUAUACAGCAAAGCUUACCCCAGCUGCGAUGCAGAUCCGGACGUGCUUGCUGACUAUGUGCUUGCGCUGUUCAAGUACGACACCAACGAACAAGAGCUGCUUACGAUGAUGAACGAGCAGCUUGCAGACUUCCUCGAGGGCGGUACAGAGCCGUUCGUGAACAAGGCGUACCAUACAUUGAAUUCCGGCGGGUACCGCACGGACACUGCUUUGCAAUCGCGGAAACGUGAAGCAGAAAGCGACGCAAUGGACGGCGUCGACGACGUCGACGAGGAGUCGACGGAGCAGUCAUUCAAGCGCCAGGCAUAUAGCUACGAGGAUACAGAAGGGAUGGACGAGCGUGCAGCCGAAGCAAUGCCAGAGAACCCCGAGGGAAUGCCAUUUGUAAGCGCGGCGCAUUCCGGCGCGCGACCAAAGAAUGCGGCGCCCAAAGGACGGUGUCGCGACUACCACAACCUUGGCAUGUGCUCGCGCGGUGCGACCUGCAAGUUUUAUCACUCGGACGAUAGCAUUGUUGGGCCGAUGCCCGACGGCACGAUGCCGCCAAUGCCGAUGCCGAUGCCGAUGCCAGACGGGAUGCCAAUGCCAUUUCCCCCGGGCAUGAUGCCACCGCCCGAGCAGAUGGCCUUUGCCAUGGAGCAGAUGCAGCGCGCGAUGGCAUCCGGCGAGGUACCAGGCGAGUUUCCCAUGUUUCCCAUGGGGCCCAUGCCUGGACGCGGUGGAAUGCGCGGCAUGAGGGCGCGAGGAAGAGGCCGUGGUGCGCGUGCUGGUUUUACGGGCCACGGUGCACAUGCCGCGCGGAGUAAGGAUACGCUGGUGAUUGAGAAUAUACCCCAAGAGCAUCUCGCAUUGGCGAGCGUGAACGACUACUUUAAAAAGUUUGGUACAAUUACCAACAUUGAGAUCGACGAGCCCGGCGCAAAAGCGACGGUGAGCUACGCGACGCCAUCCGAAGCCGACGCCGCACACAAGAACCCCGACGUGAUCUUUGGGAACCGCUUUGUGAAGGUCUACUUCCAGCGCCUUGACGGCCCGCCGCCCAAGCCCAGCAAACCCAACUACAUGACGGACAAGGGCUCGAAUGUGUACCUCGCGCCGUCGCUCCGAGAUGCGCCUGUGCCUGAGGACCAGGAGAAGCUCAAGGCCGCAGAGCUGCGCAAGAAGAAGCAGGCGCUGCUUACCAUGCAGCUCGCGGAGCAAAAAUCGCUCGUAGAAAAGCUGAGCCACAAGGAGUUGACGCCGCAGGGGCGCAAGAGUAUCAUGGUCAUGCUUGAGACGCUCUCUGCCGAAAUCAAGACUGCGACGGAGAUGCUGAAAAAGGAUCUUGCCGUGGCUAGCAAUGCGAGCGAAGCGCCGCCUGUGGAGACAGACACGUCCAGCGCGGAAGCCAUGACCAACGAACUGCAGGCGAAACUUGCGUCCUUGCGCAAGGAAGCCGCCUCGCUUGGGCUUGAGCGUGGACGUGGGCGUGGAACGCUGCGCGGCCGCGGCCGUGGAUUCCAUCCGCGUGGCAUGCCAUUCAACCGGUCCAUGACGCUGGACAAUCGCACGACACGUGUCGGUAUUGCAGGACUGGCUACAGACUAUGAUCAGGCCAAAGUACAAGCGCAUCUCCAGCGAUUCGGGCCUGUGCAGUCUAUGACCCAUGAAGACGGCGAGCUUAUCGUGCAAUAUCGAUCGCGCGCGAGUGGCGAAAUGGCGAUGCGGAGUGGGGCAACCAUCCCCGAGGUUGGCGACGUGCAGCUCCGCUGGGUAGAAACGCCGCAGGCAGAAUCGACGCCGGCGACGCUAGAGCAGGCCCAAUUCGAUGCCGAUGCGCGUGAAAACUGGAAACGGUAG